GUCACACGCCCGCCGGGGUCUCUUCCGCUGCCUCUUCUGUGCCGCGUUCAGCGCGUCGGGAUGGUAGAGGUCGUCCGUGGGCCGGCUGUGGAAAAGAAUUUCAGCUGUUGGGAGUGACCCAGAGUCCGCCCCGCGUCCUCGCUUUUUCGGGGACCUGACUGGCAAAUUUCAUCACUCUCCCAGGAUGGCAGCCAUUGAUCUGACCCACGAUCUUUCUAGAGAUCCUUUUUGUCUUCCUGAGGAAAACACAGAGGCAGAAAGGAUGGUGGCUGUCUGGCUGAAAAAUUAUCAACAGAUUGCAGUGACCUUCCAGGAUGUGGCAGUGGACUUCACCCAGGAGGAGUGGCUAUUACUGGACCUCACUCAGAGAAACCUAUACAGAAACGUGAUGCUGGAGAACUAUCAGAACCUGGUCGCAGUAGAAUAUCAACUGUCGAAACCUAAGCUGAUCGCUUGGUUGGAACAACAAGAGCUGAGGACAGUGGAGAAGGGAGUUUUCCAAGAAUGGGAAACACAACCUCAAACAAAAGGGUCAGCAUCUCACCAGGAUUUUUUUGGAGGAAAAACAGCCAUUGAAAUACAAAAAGAAAGGACCUACCAUGGAGCAGAACUCUCUGACUGUGAGCAAGGUGGAAGAGUCUUGAGUAAAUAUUUAAACCUUAAGACCCACAUGAGAACUCAAAAUAGAGGGAACAGUUUUGAGUGUAAUCAGUAUCACAAUGGCCUCCUUAAUCUGCAAAAGAAAAACUCUACUAGAGAGAAACUUUCUGAUUUUAAUCAGUGUGGUAAAGUCUUCACCCGGACUCCACAUGCAGUGUAUGAGAGAACCAACGUAGCAGAGAAGACUUUUGAAUGCAGUGACUGUGGGAAAACGUUCAUUAGUCGUUCACACUUUCAGGCACAUAGGAGAACUCACAAUGGAAGAGAUUUCAAUGAAUGGAAGCAAUUUAUAAAAGCUUCAGUUUUCUCAGCAGGUCAAAAUGAGCAUGUGCAGACACACGCUGCUCAAGAACCCCAUGAAUGUAAACAAUGUGGGAAGUCUUAUGCAGAUUCCAAGUGCCUCAAUAAUCAUAUCAUUCGACUUCACACUGGAAGAAAACCCUUUGAAUGUAGUGAAUGUAGGAAAGCCUUCACUACAUCUUCACGCCUUUAUGUGCAUUUGAGGAUUCACACUGGAGAGAAACCCUAUCGAUGUAAAGAAUGUGGGAAACACUUCCAGUGGCCCUCACUCCUUCGUAAACAUGUGCGUACUCACAGUGGUGAGAAGCCCUAUAAAUGUAAGGAAUGUGGAAAAGCCGUCAGUCGUUCUUCAGUUCUUAAUGAACAUUUGAGAAUUCACACUGGAGAGAAGCCCUAUAAAUGUAAGGAAUGUGGGAAACACUUUGCUUGGCUGUCAGUCCUUCGUAAACAUGUUCAAACUCACAGUGGCGAGAAGCCCUAUAAAUGUAAGGAAUGUGGGAAGGCCCUCAGUAGUUCCUCAAUUCUUAAUGAACAUUUGAGAAUUCACACGGGAGAGAAGCCCUAUAAGUGUAAGGAGUGUGGGAAAGCCUUCACUAAUUCCUCACGACUUAGUGUACAUUUGAGAAUUCACACCGGAGAAAAACCCUAUCAAUGUAAGGAAUGUGGGAAAGCUUUCGUUUGGCCCUCAGUCCUUAAAAAACAUCUACGAACUCACAGUGGAGGGAAGCCCUUUGAAUGUGGUGAAUGUGAGAAAGCCUUCAGUAAUUCCUCAUAUCUAAAUGAACGUUUGAGACCUCAUAGUGGAGAGAAACCCUUUCAAUGUGGUGAAUGUGGGGAAGCCUUUAGGACUUUCUUAUAUUUUAAUAGCCAUUUGAGAAAUCACUCUCGAGAGUAGCCCUAUGAACGUUAAGUACUGUGGGAAGGCUUUCACUAGUGCUCUCAUCCUGAUUUGACAUUUAAGCAUUCACACUGGAGAGAAACCCUAUUAAAGUAAGGAGUAUGGGAAAGGCUUCACUUGGUCUUCCAACCUUUAUAAACAUACAAUUCAAAGUAGAGAGCGAUCCUUUGAGUGUACGGAUUGUGGGAAAGCCUUCACUACUUGCACAUUUGAAGUCACACUGGAGAUAAGCCCUAUGAAUGUAAACACCGAGGGAAAGCCUUCACUGUUCCCUUAGGCCAAUCUCAACAUGUAAAAAUUGAUACCAGAGAGCAACCCCUUGAACGUAAGGAACGUGAGAAAGGCUUCACAUCGUAGUCAUGACUUAACGCCUAAAAAUACACAAUACAUUGAAGACUUAUGUACGUAAUAAGUUUGACAAGGACUGUUAUUCCAGUGCAUUUCAAAAACGAAGCCACGUUGGAGGGAAACCGUAUGAGUAUGAGGAAUGUGGAAAGGUCUACAGGUGUCCCAAUACAUGAAAGAACUCACUAGUUAGAUGCCUGUGAAGUUAAACAAUGUGGGAAAGCAGUUAAGAGUCUUCUACAAACGGUGCUGGAGGAACACAGUGAAGUUGUUUAAGAGCCAUUUGGGACUCAGCUUAUAGGCUGGCUUCAUAGAUCUGGUUUGAACGUGUGCCACUCUGCCCUGAACAUUUUUGGGAAUGCUCUGGCUUUCUGCCCAAUAGCAGUGCUAGUCCAGUCUAGUUUCUAUACCUGGUUUGCAGCCUGGCCCCAUGUGGUACUACUACCAUUAGACCUAAUGUUAUACAAACUACCUGGAUCCUCUAGGUAUAUGACCUUGUCUAAUACUGUGAAGACGAACAUGUGAGUCCGUUCACUGCU